AUGCGGGGUCUUCCCUUUCCAACAAACGCCUUGUAUGACCGCGAGGCCUCAAACGACUACGGCACCCCAUUCAGCAACGUCGACGACAUACCCAUCGAUCCAGCCCUCGCAGAACCAGUCAUCGACCCCGCUAUUCUUGGAGAACUGGGAAGCAAAGCUGUACUGCAGGUCCAGCCACCAAACUUCCCCCAGAGCCCCUUCUCGCCCCCCUCUCACCCUCAUUAUUCUCAAGAGCAAAGGUCUUACCAGCAGGGUCCUCAGGGAGAUCCGUUUGCUCCUCAGCCACCCGCGCCUUAUCUGCCGGUACACCAAGAGGCUCUACCGGCAACUAAGCCGCCAAAGAAAAAGAGGAAGCCCCGCCGCGAAGAAGAAUGUGGGUUCUGCCAAGGAAACGAUUCCAAGAACAAGGAAGAGAACCCUGAAGUCAUGGUCACCUGCACAGAAUGUGGACGAAGCGGCUGGCAUAUGGACUGCCUCCAACCACCAUUGCAAGAAUCACCACCGGGAAAAUGGCACUGUCCUUACUGUCCUCCUGUAGACCAAUGCUAUCCUCCUAUAUUUGACCCGCAAUUCCUAUCGUCACAGCCUGAAACAUCUAAUUCCAGCAAUAUAUCUCCUCAGCCCGUUUAUCAAACAAAAAUGGACGUUGACGUCGACAUUGAGGGUGAGGAUGAAGAAGCAGAACAGCAGGAAGAAGAGGAAGAAGAGACAGAGGAAGCGGAACCAGAAGAGGAGGAAGAUUCAACCCCUGUCCCUCAGUCGAAACGGAAAAAGAAGUCCUCGGCACGUAAGCGUGCAAAUGAAGAGGUGCCAUCUUCUCCCGUCGUGCGGCCCAUCAAACGUAUGCGCAUUCGUGUACACUCACCAGCACCGCCUCUGGUUGUCCGGUUGCGUAUUCCUCCGAAGGGUAAGGGUAAGGAACGUGAAGAUGAUGAGGAGCGCAAGAACAUUUUUGAUGACUUCUUGUCCCCUAAUGAACGAGACACAUCCAAGACGACUAUUGAAGCCUAUGAUAAACAGAGGUUCGAGAAGAGCAGACUUUCGGCGGAGGAGAAACUUGCCCCUCCACCGCUCCCACCACCACCUGCCGUUCCCGAAGUUCCCGAAACGCCUGUCGCAGGCCCUUCAUCUCGGCCACUGCGCUCAGGCACGGUCCAUCAGCUUAUCAUCCCUCCCGCUCCACCAACGCCCUCCCCUGUCCCGUCCACUCCCAGCGCUUUCCCCUCGACCCCUGGCUUUGUCCCACCCACACCUACUUCUACGAACACACUACGGAUACGUACGAUUCGAUUCGGUCAAUUCGAUAUCCAGACUUGGUACGAUGCACCGUUUCCAGAAGAGUACGCAAAUAUCCCGGAUGGUCGUCUUUGGAUAUGUGAAUUUUGUCUAAAAUAUAUGAAGAGCAAGUUUGCGUCAAGUCGACAUAGAAUGAAAUGCAAAGCUCGACACCCUCCUGGUGAUGAGAUAUAUCGAGACGGUGCAGUUUCUAUAUUUGAGGUCGAUGGGCGUAAGAAUAAGAUAUACUGUCAAAAUCUUUGUCUGCUAUCCAGAAUGUUCCUCGACCAUAAAUCCCUUUUUUAUGACGUCGAGCCCUUUCUUUUCUACGUCAUGACUGAGGUCGACGAUGUGGGCGCGCGAUUCGUGGGAUAUUUUAGCAAGGAAAAACGCAGUCCAAAGGACUACAACGUCAGUUGCAUCAUGACGCUGCCUGUACGCCAGAGACAAGGUUGGGGAGGCUUACUCAUCGAUUUCAGUUAUCUACUCUCGAAGAAAGAGCAGAGAUCUGGGUCGCCCGAGAAGCCCCUUUCUGGGCUAGGCGCUCUAGGUUAUAAGAAUUAUUGGACACUGGCAGUGAUGCGAUAUCUUGCAACGGCUCCUGACGACCCCCAUCUUGAAGAUAUCAGCAAAGCAACUUCCAUGACGAUCGAGGACAUCCACGUCACGCUCACGCAGCAAAACAUGAUAUUUCAUCGAGAGGCCACUCCACAACCUGUUCGGCCUACUCCGGGGCAAUCAAUCAAGUUCCCGCGAGGGCGGAAAAACGGAAUUGCGCGGAAACACUUGCAGCGCAAUCAGCUACAAGACGAGGAGGGCACAAAGACGCCAUUCUCGCCUCCCACGCACUAUGAUAUCCGAUGGGAUAGAGAAAAGGUCAAACAGUACCUGGAAAAGUGGGAGGUCAAGGGGUAUCUAAAACUGAAACCUGAGCGGCUAAAGUGGACGCCAUUUGUCCUUGCGAGAACAAAGAACGUGGAGGUUUUGCAGACACCCACAGGCGAGGCGAGUGGAUCUGUUGAUGGGUCUACGAAGACAGCCGUUACGCCUGCGGAAGAUAUUGGUGUGGGUGGAAAUGCGACCAAGUUUCCGAUACCUGCCACAGACGCUCAAAAUACUGAAGGGAUGAUCACACAGGAUACGGGCGCAGUCAAUGUUACGGCUUCUCCCGCUGCCCGUCUAUUUGACGACGAACCAGUGAUUGAAGUGGAGACGCCUCUUCCAAAGAAACAUCUUCGAAAUCAUAAGCCGAGCGGUGUCGAAACACCCCGCACAGGAUUCUCGCGGAAUCACUCAAAUCGCCUCAAAGUAACUAACUUGCGUUCAGCCACACGUCGUCAUACACCCUCAGCAUUGGCAUCGGCUCUCCCGGUAGAGGCGGAACAAACUGCUGAACUCAUUGAAAACGGUGCUAUGGAACAGGGUGCCUUAACUCCAGCGUCCCAAAAACGCCGACGUGCUCGUGUACCUCGUACGAAACCACUAAAGAGUCUAACUGACAGGGAAAUGUCCGCAGAUGUGAAGAGGACGACUUCGCCUGUUCUAACACCGACCUCUGGGUUGCCUCGGAAGCGACAAAGGGUGGAGAGUCCCGAAUGCGAGAGUGUGGCAGAGGAGACCCCGAUCAUCGUCAAUGGACACAAUCGAGAUGAUGGUGAUGAUCAAGGACAGCCAUCUGUUGAACAUCAUUGUCCGAUUGAAACGCUUGAACCGCCGUCGAGUGCUCAAUCUCAACCUUCUAUUGCUGAAAAUAACAGGGAGAUGGAACUGCCACCUACCGUACUAACUGUCAGUGACGCGACGCCGGCUCCGAAAGGUGGGAUGAAUGGGCAGGUGGAACAGACGGAGCAUGUUGAUGUGAAAUCAGAAGACACAGGAACGCCUCUUACGGGGUCGACGAGUCGACAUAGCGUUCCGAGUGAUGAUACGGUCUUUAUGGCCGAGCAUGUCAAUGCGGACAAUGUUGGUGGGAAAGAGGGUGCUGUGGAGAGGGAGAGAGUUGAAAUGGCAGAGAGGGACGAGGAUGGGGCUGCAGAGGACGUGGAGGAGACGGGACGUGUGCUGAGAGUUGAUGAGUUCGGCUGUGGCCCUGAGUUUACGAGCAGUUUGGUUCUGUUGGAGGAGUGGCGCAAGGCAAGAGGUCGCGAGCGGCUCAGGGCGGUUCACUGGUUCGCGAGGAUGGAUUCACAGACUCACAGUGACCCUGGCAUGUCCUAUAGCCAUAUCCCCCUCAACGACAGAAGAGACCAAUCCCUCCAGUCAUCCGUAAACGUCUCCAGUCUAAAUCAAGCCCUCGGUUCCCAUCUCACUCCCCUCGGUCCCCGCCCCCCUUUCCCUACCCACGACACCUACAGACUAUCAGAUUCUCCCCCAAAUAUCAUAGAUCCCACUGGCUCGUCCCAAAGAGCACCCGUCCCAGGUCCCCCACACUCCCCCAUACACGACUUCUCAGUUCCUCUCCAGCCAGACAGCCAGGCAAGCGCACUAAAGCGCAAACAAGGUGAUGUUCUUGGACAUCCCCAGCUCGGCGGAAAACGACGAAGAGAUGAAGACAUGACCGAUGCCUUUGAUUCAGAUGGCGCACAUGGCGCCAAGCACUGGUCUGAUGAAGAGAAAUCAAAGUUGUUCAACUGGCUAAUGGGCCCAGGCGAAGAUGAUCACUGGAAUGCCCUACGCGCCACAAAGAAUUCCUGUCUCAGAGAGUGUGCCGCCGACGUGUUCGGUGGAAAGAAAACAUACCAAGCGUUGAAAGGUUGCUAUGAGCGCAACUUUAAUCUAUUCAAACAGAUCUAUGCCUUUGAGGCUUUUAAUUUACAGAUAGGCAAUGGUCCCGUGAACUCAAUCAAUGAAGGUGACCGUUUGCGUGAGUUUGAGCGACGACUGCAGGGCGCACGAAAGGCAGGCUGUGACGUCGGUAAUGUUCAUGCUAGAACCAUAGAUCAUUGGCACCGCUCUGGAUGGUACAAUCUGUUUUAUCGCAGAUGGAACGGCGACCCAGCAACUACGCGGCCAAUAGCUCGACCGAAUCAUACAGGGACCUCAGUUUCAGGCGCCGGCGAUGACGGGGAAGUGGAUGAUGAACCCCCAAUGGAUUUUACAGAGCCUGCGCAGCCGCAUCCUAUUUCUCAUCCUCAAAACGGUACACCUCCCCAGCCGCUACGUUAUCAUCCUUCAGAAUACAGCAUUUCGGAUGCCGUUCCUCUGAAUAUUCCCAGUCGUACACUCAGCACGGUCAGCCAACCAUCACCAUCAUUGUCGUCAGCGGAUCAGCCUAUUGUCAAUAUUGCCGUUCCUCAGAACACGAUAUCCGCUUGCGUCCAGCUCUUACAGCUUCAGUCCCAAUACAGCAAACUCAAAGUGGAAUAUAUGCGGCGUCGAGAAGAGAGGGAGGAAAAGGACAGUACACUGAGGAGAGAGAUGGAUCGCUUGCGGCAGGAACGUGAGGCUGCUGAAUGGGAACACACGAAACAAACGGCCAGUGUCAAGCAAAAGGCGCAACUGGCAACCGAACUGUUGGCCAAUCCUUCGGUAGAUUCUUCUGUGAGACAGGCAGCUGGUGACUAUUUAAAGAGACUUUUUGUGACGGAAUAAUGCAUUGAGUAGUUUUUUAGUUUUUUUUUUUUUGAUCCUUAUUUGAUUGUCGUUUCGUUCGAACUAUGACACUAUUGACCUUUGGACAUGGCUGUUAAACUUAAUUAUUGGUUUUUUGUUUGCUUUGAUUGGAUCCAAGUUGUAUUAGUCUUUGCUGUAGCCUCAUAUCUGAUUUUCAUUGCUCUAUUUCGACAUGAAUUUGAUUUCGAAUAGUAUGUAGGUCUCCUACGUUUUCGCUGUG